AUGGAUAAAUCUUGGAUGCAUGCUGAUAGAAGAUCACGGGCAUUUGAGUUAGGGGUUGAAGAAUUAAUUCAGUUUGCAUUAGAGAGUGGUUGCAAUGUUAAUAAACUUUGCUGUCCUUGUAUGAAUUGUGCACAUAGUAAAAGUUUCAAGGCUGGGGUAGUGAAGGAUCAUCUAGUUGAGUUUGGUAUUGAUAAAACAUACACAAAUUGGAUAUGGCAUGGGGAAAAUGUGUCAAAUGAGAGUGUACCCGAAGAGCAUUCUGAAACUGUAAAACAGAAUCCCAUAGGCAUAGGGCAGAAUGACUACAGUAUGGGGGGGUCCGAUGAUGAGGAGUUUUCAGAAGACUCCGAUGAAUUUUUAAGGUUUGUCGAGGAUGGUGAUAAACCUCUUUACCCUGGUUGUACGCGUUUUACAAAGUUGAAUGGACUUGUUAAAACAUACAAUCUGAAAGCAAAGCAUGGGUUAAGUGAUGCUUGUUAUUCUGACAUGUUGAUACUCAUUGGAAUGUUGCUUCCAGAAGGUAAUGAAGUCCCAGGGUCUUUCUAUGAGGCCAAAAAGACUUUAUGUUCAUUGGGAAUGGAAUAUGAAAAGAUACAUGCAUGUCCUAAUGAUUGUAUCUUAUAUAGGGAUAGUAAUGUUGAUACCACUACCUGCCCUACUUGUGGUCUCUCUAGGUGGAAGUUGGGUAAGAAUGAAAUAGAGAAAGUAGGGGUUCCGGGGAAGGUUUUGUGGUAUUUUUCACCUAUACCAAGGUUUAGGAAGAUGUUUCAAUCAGUAAGUACAGCUAAAAGCUUGACAUGGCAUGCUGAUGAGCGACUAAAUGAUGGUAAAAUGAGGCAUCCUGCUGAUUCCCCUACUUGGAAGUUAGUGGACGAUCAGUGGCCUGCUUUUGGUAUAGAGCCUAGGAAUUUAAGGCUAGCGCUAUCGUCUGACGGUUUCAAUCCCUACAGUUCUCUUUCUAGUAGAUACUCUUGCUGGCCUGUCAUACUAGUGAGCUAUAAUCUUCCCCCAUGGCUCUGCAUGAAGAGGAAGUAUAUGAUGCUAACUUUGUUAAUCUCUGGACCUAAACAACCUGGAAAUGAUAUUGAUGUCUACCUCCAGCCGUUAAUAGAUGAUUUGAAGACUUUGUGGGAUGGGGUUCAAGGGGUAUAUGAUAGUUAUAGAAGAGAUUACUUCACAUUGAAAGCAAUACUGUUCUGGACCAUUAACGACUUCCCAGCAUAUGGGAACUUGUCAGGCAGCAUUGUGAAAGGUUAUAAUGCGUGUCCGGUUUGUGUAGAGCAUACCAAACCUCAUAGGCUGCCUCACGGUCAAAAGAUGUCAUAUCAGCGACAUCGAAGAUUCUUACCACGUCACCAUCCAUAUCGAAAACAGGCAACUGCUUUCAAUAACACUGAAGAGCAUGAUCCCCCUCCUAUUCCAUUAAGUGGACAGGAGGUCUUAAAGAGAGUAGAAGGUUUGAAGCGGGUUUAUGGUAAAAAGCAUCGUCAUCCUCCAUCUAAGGGUGUUGACGAUCAGAAUAGACCUUGUUGGAAGAAGCAAUCAGUUUUCUUUGAACUUGAGUACUGGAAAUUUCUUCCUGUUCGACACAUUCUCGAUGUCAUGCACAUUGAGAAGAAUAUUUGUGAUGCAUUAAUUGGUACAUUGUUGAACAUUCCUGGGAAAACAAAAGAUGGGGUCGCGUCUCGUUUAGAUAUGGCUUCAAUGGGUAUAAGAACUGGUCUGCAGCCUAUAACGGGGGGAAAAAGCAGAAGUUACCAUUGGCAAGCUGGAAUCUGA